AUGUCCACCGGUACUCUCAACCAAUACAUCCAGUUUGUAGAGCGAGUUUAUAGGACUUCUCAAGGAAAUAUACUGGCACGUUUGUUAUCUCUGCGAGAUGAACACGUAGGAAACAGAAAUUUGCGAUCUAGCGAUAUAGCAACUCUGGUGGAAGGGAAUUGCAUAGCUCCUCUUGAUGAGAUGAUUAUUUGCCACUUGCAAUGUGUAAAGGCUUUAUAUGCUAGGGACUUUAUGGGAGCAUAUGAUAAUCAAAGUGCAUUUGUAGCUGCCGUUGUUAGACUUUUACAAGGACAAAAAGAGGAAAAUUGGGCACUGCCUCUUAUGUACACUGUAUGUUUAGAUUUAAGACUUGUUGCGCAAAAAGCUGAAGGAUGUGAUCCACAAAGCAAUGGCAAAAUAUUAGAGAAAGCAGCAGAGAGUCUUCUAGCAUGUUUCAGGGUGUGUGCCGCAGAUAAUAGAUCAUCUGAUACUGAAACAAAGAAAUUAGGGAUGUUGAACCUUGUAAACCAACUUCUUAAAGUCUAUUUUCGUAUAAAUAAAUUGCAUUUAUGCAAACCCCUUAUAAGGGCAAUUGACUCAUCACCAUUCAAAGACCAGUUCCCAUUGGCUCAACAGAUUACAUACCGGUAUUUUGUUGGACGUAAAGCCAUGUUUGAUUCUGAUUACAAAUCGGCAGAUGAGUAUUUGUCAUAUGCAUUUCAGAAUUGUCAUAGAAAGAGCAACAAGAACAAGAGACUGAUUUUAACUUACCUUAUCCCAGUGAAAAUGCUGCUAGGUUUCAUGCCAUCAAAACUUUUACUUCAGAAAUAUGACUUAAUGCAAUUCUGGGAUUUGGUUUCUGCAGUAAAGGAUGGAAAUUUGAGAGGCAUUGAUCAGGUGAUGGAAGAACAUGAAAGUUUCUUCAUUCGAGCAGGCAUAUACUUGAUUGUGGAAAAGUUGAAGAUAACAGCAUACAGAAAUUUAUUUCGUAAAGUGUAUUUAUUGGAAAAUACCCACCAGAUUGAUAUUGCAAGCUUUGAAGCAGCAUUACAAAUAAUGGGACAAGAGGAUGUAGAUUCAGAUGAAACCCAAUGUAUUGUAGCUAACCUUAUUUAUGAUGGAAAAAUAAAAGGGUAUAUUUCCUAUCAACAUAAGAAAGUGGUUGUUAGUAAGCAAAAUGCAUUUCCACCCUUGUCUAGUUUGUAUUAA